CCAUGUCGAAGAGUGUAUCCUCCUCACACUGGCCAAGGGGAAGAUGUUGGAGUUGGAGCUCACCAAGGUUGUAUUGCUCCUGUGCUAUUAUGGACUUGUUAACAGCGGUCUGGUCCCCAAAGUGGAAGUUGAAACAGAGCUGCAGAUGGCCACCAUGUUUCGUUACAUUCAGCAGGAAUCAAGUGGUCUGUCCCUGCGUGAUGGUUUGGACAAACUCCUCACCACAAGCUCUCUGAUCCACAACCCCUCUGUAAGCAGCAUGUCGUCUUACAGCGACGAUGGCUCGCCCGUUUUCACCCGCACACGCUCCUCUCAACUCGUCACCUUCGUCGAGCUCGACACCGUGGCCUCCAGCUCAUUCGUCGGUUCUCCAUUACAGGACAUGAUGAGCACGCCUCAGGUGCAGGUGAAGAGGCUGCGCAAGGAGUUGGCACGUGAAGAGGACGUACGAGACGAGCUGGAACGCGAGCUGGCCGAGCGCAUCAGCCUCCUCUCAGAUAAGGAGGGACAGAUCAGUCAGCUUCAGCACAGGCUUCAGCGCUUGCAGAGGGACCAGGAGGACAUGGAGAAGGAGCACCAAACUACUCUGACCGAGCUGCAGCAGAAGAUUGAUGGACUUCUCGCACGUGUGCACGAGCUCUUGAAGCAAUCCCGAGACCUUAAAACCGACAACACUCAGAAAGAGAGACGGAUCGACGAGUUGACUGAGGAGAAUGGCACACUCGCCGCACAGGUGAGAAACGCCUUUACCCAGCUCUCGAGGGCGGAGGAGAAAGUCUCUGAACUCACAGAAGCGCAUAAUUCGUCCCAGACGGAGUGGGGGAACAAGAUGGAUUUGCUGCAGAGAGAGCUAAAUCAGGCUCUAACCGAGAGGGAAUAUCUUACUGAGCAAAUUCAGAUCUUGGAAGGAAAGAUUUCCGUUUUAGAGGAUGAGCUUGCUAAACUCUCCCAGCAACCACAAGAGAAAGGUGAAGUCCUGGGACCCAUUGUAGAGUGGGAAAAACUGAACCAGGAGCUCGCAGACUUAACUUUAAAGCAUUCCCAACUCCAAGAAACCAUUUCCCUUCUUGAGAAGGAGAAAAAGGACAUUGAAACACUAUUAGCAGAAGAAAGAAGCACGUUUAAAAAGGAAACCCUGCAAUUGGAGGGACGCAUUUUCGAUCUUCAGCAGUCGAUUAACAAUUUACAAGCUGAGAAGGAAGCUCAGGAACAAGCCUCCAGGUCUAAGCAGGAAAGUCUUAUGUCACAGAUAGCAGGUUUGGAAAAUGAUUUGGCUCAUCUUCAACAACUAGAAAUUCAGCUAACGGCAGAGAUCGCCACAUCCACCGAGCUUCGACAGCAACAUGUAACGCUCGAGGCUAAGGUCACGUCCUUGGAGGGUUUGGUUAAUAUGCUACAAUCAAAGUGUGAAAACAUGGAGGCAAAAAAUACAACACAACAGGAAGUUCUUAAUGCCGUCAGGGCUGACCUAAACCACGCCCAAAUUUCUCUUGCGGAGUAUGAAAAGAAGUUGGCCGACCAUCAUAAAGUGGUCGAGGACAACGCCUGUCUCCGAGCCAGAAUCUCUGCCCUGGAUGAUACCGUUGCAAAUCUGCAAACUGAGAUUGGUGUUGAGAGACAAAGAGGUGAUGAACUUCUUACAGCGAAAGAGGAGCAGAAAGCUUCAAUGGAGGAAAAGUUUCAAAAACAGGAGCAAAAAGCUCAUGAAAUGUUUGCUGAACUAGAGACUCUGAGCCAAGAACUUCGCAAACUGAAGCAUCAGAAACUUGAUGCUGAAUCAUGUAUAGAGAAGUUAACCCAGGAAGGUAUAGACCUAAAAACAAGUCUGGCACAGGAGCGAGAUCAAAGCCAGUCACAAUUGGCUUUACUAAGUGAGGCCAAAGAGGAAAGGGAGAUAGAGCUGCAGCAAAUUAUAACACAAAAUCAGAGCAAAAUAUUGGAGUUACAAAGUAAAAUUGAGGGAACUGUUGAGUUACUGAAGCAAAGCGAAUCUGAACUGACUAUGCUGAAAGAAAAAAUCAUUUCCAAAGACGGAGAACUCAUCACCCAACAACAGGAACUGGCCCAACUUCAGAAUAAAACAGAUAAUUUGCAAAGGCAGCUCUUGGAGGUAGAAGAGCUUUCACACAAAUUGAGCCAGGAUGUGGAGUCCAAAGAUCGAGAAGUUCAGCACUUAAAGGUGGCGCUUGACCAGAAAGAAGGCGAGAUACAAUUCCUUAAGGACAGCCUUCAGUCAGUUGAGGUAAAGUCUGCUGAAAUGCGUGAACUUCACCAGAGGGAACUUGAAGACCAAAGGCAUGUUAUUGCAAACCUGAAGUUGCAACUUGCAGAAGCUGAGAAACUUAUUUCGGAAAAAGUUACAUCUUUGGAAGAUCUCGCUCAGCAGUUAAAGGACUUAAAGGAAGAACUUUCAGCUGAAAAGCAAAGAGUUGCUACUUUGGAAAAGAGUUUCAAGGCUUCAAAAGAGGCCCAUGAACUCCAGGAGCAGACGUUGAGACUGGAGGCUUCACAACUGCAACAGGAGAUUGGUGGACAUUUAAAAAAGAUAGAGGGCUCAUUAAAUGAGAUCAGUUCCCUCAAAGAAGAAAUGUCUCGCCAAGAAGAACUUGCACUCAAAAAAGAGAGAGAGCUUUCUGUUUUAGCAGCACAGAACAAAUCUCUGGAGGAAAGCUUUGCUCAGCUUCAGAAUAAACUAGCAGAUGCCACCACGCUAGCUACAGGACGACAAUCGGAGCUUCUCAAGCUUCAAGAGGAAGUUCAGCGUCAAGAGAAUCUCAGAGCAAAAGCUCAGGAAAUUGAGGAGACGCAACGUAAAGAGCUUCAAAGAGAGGUAACCGAACUUCAAGACAGAGUUCAGGAGCUUACUAGUCUCGCUUCUGAAAGAGAAAUCCAACUUGGAUCUCUUUGUGAAAAGAUGAAGGAACAGGAAGACUGCAACCAGAAACUCCUUCGAAAAUCUGAAGAAGCUCUUCAGAAAGAACUUGAAAAGGUAGAGGACUUGAAGGGAAAACUCGAGUCUGCCAAGUAUCAGACCGCAGUUAAAAAAGAGCUUUUGGAAUCGACGGAGGAAAAGCUGAAACAACUGGAGCUCCUGUACCAACAGAAAGAGGCUUUUGCAAAUGAAGCUUGUCAGGCCAAGGAAACUUUGGAGAGAACAAUGGCUGAGCUUUGCAGCAAGCAGAAGCAAGAUUUGGAUAGGUACCAUCAAGAUCUAGAGACCUUGAAUAAGGAAAAGGAACAUCUGUGUUUAGUAAAGGAGAGUCUCCAGAGCGAGUACCAGACCUUGCAGGCAGAGAAAACUGGGCAGCAUGAGGAGUUAAAAGCAGUUAAGUCCAAGCUGCAAGAAAACAAGGAUAAGUUUGAAAAUGACCUGGAGAUCUUGAAGAAUGAGAAGGAUCAGCUCUCUUCAGUGAACCAGUCCCUCCAGGCAGAGUACACAACUUUACAGGUAGAGAACAAGGAACAAAAGGAGACCCUGAUCUCUCUCAAGGCAGAACUGCAGAGUGUCCAAGAUGGGUACCAAAAAGAAUUUGAAACGAUGAGGAAAGAACAGGAACAUCUUGGUUCUGUGAACCAGUCUCUUCAAAGUGAGUGUAAAAACCUUCAGGGAGAAAGAACUCUGCAAAUGCAGGAGAUGAACGCCCUCAGAUCUGACCUACAACAAACCCAAGAUAAAUACGAGAAAGGUCUGGACAUUUUAAAGAAUGAGAAGGAACAUCAUGCCUCGGUGAUCCAGUCCCUCCAGAGUGAGUGCCAGAACCUGCAAGAAGAGAAGACUCUGCAACAGAAGGAGGCGAACUCCCUUAGGGGUGAUCUGCAGGAACGCAAGGACAAAUAUGAAAAAGAUCUGGAAACCUUGAAGGGUGAGAGAGAAAAUCUUGCCGCAGUGAACCAGUCCCUGCAGAGUGAGUGCCAGAACCUGCAGGCAGUGAGAACAGUGCAAGAAGAGGAGUUAAAUGCCCUCAAGUCUGACCUACAAGCCAACAAGGAUCAAUACCAAAAAGAUCUAGAGGCUCUGAAGAGUGAAAAAGUGCACCUCUCUUCUGUGAACGAGUCUCUUCAGACUGAGUGCCAAAUCUGGCAACUAAAGGCGAAGGAGCAACAGGAGACACUGAAUGCUCUCAAGGUAGACCUACAGAAUGUCCAAGAUGGGUACAGACAAGAGGUAGAAACUUUGAAGAAGGAACAGGAACACCUCUGUUCUGUCAACCAGUCCCUCCAGAGUGAGUGCCAGAACCUGCAAAAAGAGAAGACUCUGCAACAGAAGGAGGUUAACACCCUCAGGGUUGAUCUGCAAGAAAGCAAAGACAAAUACAAAAAAGAUCUGGAAACCUUGAAGAAUGAGAAGGAACAACUUGCUGUAGUGAACCAGUCGCUCCAGAGUGAGUGCCAGACCCUGCAGGCAGUGAGAAUAGGGCAAGAAGAGGAGCUAAAUGCCCUCAAGUCUGACCUGCAAGCCAACAAGGAUCAAUACAAAAAAGAUCUAGAGGCUUUGGAGAGUGAAAAGGUGCACCUCUGUUCUUUGAACAAGUCCCUUCAGGCUGAGUGCCAAAACUUGCAGAAGGAGAAAACUGUGCAACAAGGAGAGUUGAAUACCCUCAGGGCCGACCUGCAAGAAACCAAAUUAAACUAUGAAAAAGAUUUGGAAACCUUAAAGAAUGAGAAGGAACAUCAUGCUUCUCUGAUCCAGUCCCUCCAGAAAGAGUGCAAGUACCUGCAGGAAGAGAAGACCAGGCACCAAGAGGAGGUGAAUGCCUUCAGGGUUGAUCUGCAAGAAAGCAAAGACAAAUAUGAAAAAGAUCUGGAAACCUUGCAGAGUGAGAAGGAAAGUCUUGCUGUAGCAAACCAGUCGCUCCAGAGUGAGUGCCAGAACCUGCAGGAAGAGAAAACUGUGCAACAGCAAGAGCUGAAUGCCCUCAGGGCUGACCUGCAAGAAACCAAAGAAAAAUAUGAAAAAGAUCUAGAAGCAUUGGAGAAAGAGAAGGAACAUCUUUCUUUAGAGAAGCAGAAUCUCCAGGCAGAGAAAAUGGAGCAGCAGGAGAAGUUAAAUGCCUUCAAGGCUGAUCUGCAAGAAAACAAAGAGAAAUUUUACAAAGAUCUGGAGACCCUGGAGAACGAGAAAAAUCGUCUUGCUUCGGUGAAUCAGUGCCUUCUUAAAGACCUUGAGGCAGUCCAGAAGGUGCAAACAGAACUGGUAUCCGUCAAAGAAGUCGCCCAACAGCAUGAAAAGGAGCUUGAAAUACAAGUUGCAGAGCUACAAGUAAAGAUUGAGAAGUUUUCAACACUAGAUAAUGAAAGAGAGGCUGAAAUAAGUCAUCUUCACUUUAAAAUAAAGCAGCAAGAAGCUUUAAGAAUCAGCGCUGCAGAAUCUGAGAAGGCUCUAAGAGCUGAAUUGGAGACGAAGGUAGCUGAACUUCAAGUCCAGGUUGUAGAAACAUCUAAACUCGUAUCCAAAAGGGAAUCCGAGCUGACUUUGCUUCAAGAUCAGGUUAAGGAGUCUGAGAAGCAGAAGCAAGAUGCCUGUAAGGCUAACGGAGUCUUGGAGGACGUGGUUUCUGAGCUGCGACUCAAGCAGAAAGAAGAGCUUGAGGAGUUCCGUCAGCAACUGGAAGCCUUGGCUAAGGAGAAAGAUGCCCUUACCAAGGUCAACCUGUCCCUCCAGGCACAACAGGACGCUCUGAAUGACCUACAGUGUGGCUUGCAGCAGGAAGUGAAGACACUGAAAAAAGAAAAGGAGCAUUUGUCUUCCGUUAACCAGUCGCUUCAGCGGGAGUGUGAAGCCUCUCAAAAACUUGGAUCAGGGUUCGAGGCGAAGCUCAAAGAACAGAGUGAAUCGAUCCGGACGAUAAAGGAAGCCAUCCAUAAGAAAGAGAAACAGAACCAAGAACUGCAGGAGCAGCUCAAGGUGAAGGCAGAAACAGUGGAGCAUUACAAAGUACAGGUAGAAAAAGCAAAAACCCAUUACAAUGGUAAAAAACAGCAACUCCUGGAGGAGCAGGAAGCACGUCAGAACCUCCAGGCUUCUCUGCAAUCAAGCGAGAGUGAGGCAAAGGCAUUGAAAGCUGAGCUAAAACUGGUCUCCAUGGAGCUGGAGAAGAUGAAGGCAUCAGAGAAAAGUUUGUCGUUAAAGGUCACAAGUCUGGAGACGCAGUUGGAUUACGCAGACCGUCAGUUAAGAGAGCUGCAAAAGCAGGGAGGCCAGAGCGCCCAGGUGAAGCACAGAGAAAGCGUUUAUGUGAAAGUUCCUGAAAAGCGUCAGAAUGACAGCACAGACAGUCUGGACCUCGACCUGGACGAUUCUCUAAACGGCAAACACUCGGUGCCUGGUGAGGCCAGCACUCCUUUGGUCCGCAGUUCCGAACGAUUAGCAGCCAAGCGCCGUGCUCAUGAUGGAGGAUCUCUUGAGACACUGUAUUUCACUCCCAUGAUGCCUCGGGGCAAGGCACGCAACACCACAAACCAAGAUCACAAAUUAGAAAGCAGCAUCACGUCACUCGGCGAGCUAACUCUCGAUUCAGCACGGAAGCCGAGCUCUUCGGUCCAGAGACGACGCACAACACAGGUCAUUAACAUCACUAUGACUAAGAAAACUCCUCUAGGUGGCGCUGCAGAAGCAGACGAAUCGUUCUUCAGCCUGCACUCAGCUCAGUCCCAGCCCAAUCUUGCUUCCCACAAAACUCGCCCGGUCUCAGCAGAGAUCUUUGAGGAUCCCAACAAACUUUUCAGCCUUCCUGGGUAUCGCCGCAGCAAUGCUCAUGGCACCGUUCCUCCACGUGCCUCCAGUGCGUUCUGUAUAGGAUCAGAGAACGAGCCGGAGCACAUCGCCGAUGACUGGAUGAGGAUUGCGGAGCUGCAGUCGCGUAACAAAGCGUGCUUACCUCACUUGAAGAGCAGCUACGCUCUGGAGUCCAGGCCCAGCCUGGGAUUCUCCCACCUGCCCGUAACUGACGAGGACGUCCGUACCGGCGAUCCUGGCGAGACCAUCCGCCGUGCCUCCAUGAUCCCCUCUCAGCUCAAAGACUCCAUCGCUUCUCACCGGCUCUCUCUAGCACCACCUGCUGCUCCUGUUCAUAGCCACGCCCCUCCACAACGCGCACCCCAAGUCUCCAAAGCACGGGAGGUGCGUUCUACCCGCAGCCCGCUGGCGCCUAAACGGCCUGCAGGGCAAGUACAAGACCUGGACACACCUGAGGCAAAGAAGAUGGUCAGUUGCUUUCCUCGAACUCCUAAAGGAAGGAACCUUCGUUCAACCAGCUCGCAGAACAUCGCACCCUCUCCGGCUGAUCGGAGGCAGUCGAUGGCGUUUAUAAUCGAUAAUACUCCUAAAAAAGUGGUGCGUGGCGACAGCAGGCUGCAGCGCGGCAUUAACAAGCUUCGCAAAUCCCCACGCACCACCAGCGCGAAAUCACCAAAGAUCACCAGCAGUGCGAAAAAGAGCCCGUCUUUUAGCGGUUUGCUGUGAUUAAAUCAGUUGAUGAAAUUUAGGAUGAAGAUGUGAAACUGCUUUCUUCAUCAUCCAAACGAAGUGCAAUGUCAGGGUGUUGAUUGAUUUUUAUAUAUUUUUUUUAUAUACACUGAAUGUUUGGUUGUGGAUUUUUUUUUUUUCUUUUGUAAAUUCUUUUACAUGCUCUUACUGCUCUCAUCUCAAAAUCUUGCCUGGAUUUGAUUGUUGCGGAAACCAAAAUAACUUGAAUCUUGGAUACAAUAAUAAAAAAAAAAUCACUACAUUUUUUUCAGGGAUCCAAGCUGUCAAGCUUCAGGAAAUUAUUUUUGCUAGAAUUAUUAUUUGUUAAAGCAAAUGUGUAUGGGCAGAAAAAACUUGACAAUCCAAAGGCAAGUGAAAUGGCGCAUAAUUGUGAUGCUGUUGUCUUACGUUUUGGCUUGUACCCCCUUUUUUUUUUGAGAGAGAGAGAGAACUUUUUACUUGGCUGGAGACUUAUAAAACCCUGCCUAUUUUGAGUUUUCCUUAAAUCCUUGUUUUGUUUUUAAUCCUUUGAUUCAUGCAGAAUUUUUAUCUAAUUCUAGCUGUAUGUGUGUCGUUCCUUUCCAAGGCCCCCCCUGAGAAGAAAUUCUCGAAUAUAAACGCACUUAUUGCUUGUCAAGGCAACCAAACCACGUGUUCUGCCACUGGGUCUAAAAUGCCCAUCCUACCCAUGUAGGACCCCCGAUAAUUACAGACUGCAUCUAUGUAUACUUUAAAGUUAUAGUAUGUGGUUCAAAGUUGCCGUAAGACUGCUGUUCCUAUCCUAUAUGACUCAAAUGAAAAGAAAUUGAUCUCUCUGUUUAACUAGGCAGCUUCUGACCACCAUCUCUACCAUUAUGUUUUGCGUGUUGUAUAUACUGGCACAGCUUCUUACAUUAGAGCAGUUUUAAAUCAUAUAAUUUACUGCAGAAAUCCAAUAUUUACAGAACAGUUUUUAGUUUAUUCCUGUACAUAUUACCACAAAGCUGUAAAUAUCCAGAAUUAUUUGUAAUCAAUAGUUUUUUUUCGAUUUAUAUUUGUCAAUAGAUUUUUUUUUUUCUCUCCCUUUUAUUUUUUUGUCUUUCUUUGUGGCUAUAUUUCUGUCUGUUACUUAUUUUCCAUGAUCCUACAAUCCAAAGAAAAAAAAUGUGGAUUUGGCGGGUUCAUUUACUGUAUAUACACCGAUUAGCCAUAAGAUUAAAACCACUUGCCUAAUAUUGUCAGUACCUCUUUGUGCCAUUAGAACAGCUCAUGAUCCAUCAGGGCCUUCACUCCACAAGACCCCCGAAGGUGUGCCUUGGUAUCUGGCACAAAGAUAUAACCAGCCUGAUUCAUAAAAUCUUGAUCGGAGUGAGCAUCUGAACAAUUCAGCGGCUCAGUCAACACCUUGAAUUUGUUCCUGAAUUUUUUAUUAUUUUUAUUUUUUUAAAUGUGUCAGGGUGCAUUAUUUUGCCAAUAGGAAGUUAUUGAACAAUGUUUAGGUAGGUGGUCCGAUGCUCAUGCGCUUCUUGUAAGUGCUUUAGCAGUGGACAGAAAUCAGAAUGUGUAGUUUUGUGGAUUCAGACUGAAGGGUUUGCCUUCACACCGAAUGUGGCUUGAUGACCCUCGGGUGCUCAUGACCCUAUUACCACUACGCUAGUUUCUUCCUGCUUUCUACACACCAGCUUUAAGAACUGACUGUCCACUUGCUGCUUCAUAAAUCCCACUUUUUGACAGGUGUCAUUGUAAUAAGAUGAUAAAAUCUAUUCACUUCACUUGUCAGUGAUUUUAAUGCUGUGGCCGAUCAGUGUAUUGCGUUUGUAUUGUUUUCAUCCAUUUUUAAAUGUUUGCCUUUUUGCUCAUCCUAUUCUUUGCCUUAUUUUCACAUUUAAGUGUUUUCAUGUACAGAAAUUAAAUUCCGUUAAAAUUA